AUGCUGAAGAUGGACACAACCAUUCAACCGACGACGAAGCUAUACAAUGCCUUGAUGAUUGCCUAUCUUGCUGCCGAUGAUGCAGGGAGGGCCCUUGACAUCUGGCAUGACAUAACCCAUUCAGUGGAAGGCCCUUCAUAUAACAGUCUGGCCACCGUGUUUCGCGUGUGUGAGGUGCUGCCCAUGGGCGACCAGAAAGCGAAUGAAAUCUGGGAGAAAAUGCGCAGGAUGGAUAUUGAGGUCCCUCCAGUUGUUUAUGCAGCAUACUGCGGUGCCAUUGCUGGCCAGGGUCAGGUUGAAGAGGUCAAGGGCCUCAUACAGGCCAUGGAAGCAGACACUGGAUCUCCAGUCGACAUGAUGACUAUUGGUGUAUCAUACAAUGCUCUUCCAGGCCAAAGCCUACAGGCGAGUUUCCAAGAGUGGGCGCAAGCUGAAUACCCGGCCUUAUGGAAAAGGUUAGAAAAGCAAGGCAAGAAGAAGACGAUGGACGGCCUCUUGAGUUUUAACCUCAACCGCGAGAUGAAGGCAUGA